GUUUCGGCUUUCCUUGACAGGUCACAACUUGGUUGGAGAUGAAUAAGAUGUUGAUGCCCAAUGGUCGGCUCAUGGUGAAUUGUGGUGCUGCUACCAAAGAAUGGUCUAAUACUUCUUCUGAAAUGAUCCAACCAGAAAUUUCCGAAAAGGAUGAUCCUAGGGAACUUAACGCAACUAUCAACGCAUUAUGCAAGGCAUUUCCUGGGCAGGUAAGCUGGAAAAAGUUGCCAAAGAGAGCAGGAGAAAAUUUUCUUGCGCUGACAGGACCAUUACCAGAUUUGGCUAUUUGGUCUGCUCGUUUCCCGGAUCAAUUAAGCUCAAGUGUUAAAGAAUGGAGAAGUUGCAUGCCUUCGUGAUUUUUGACAAUGGAACUUGAUUAAGCUGUCCUUCGUGCCAAUAGAAAAGGUCCUUUGCAGCCCCCCGCCCCAUUCCCAAUUUUCAGCUAGAUUCCAAAUUUCCAGUAGGUGGGCUGUUUUAACAAAUACUAUGUCUUCCCGUAUAGGAGUUCCUUUCCAGGUUUUUAUUUUCGUGUAAGUGAUUGUUUUAUCAAAAGGAAAGCAAAGGGAUGCAACCUGUAUAUAUUGGCCCACAGGCAACCAUCAGACACUACCUAGUCACCCUUAA